UAAAACCAGCAGGCAAACCAUCAGGGCGAGAUUUGUCAUUACAUUCCAAUUCUAUUCAUCUCACAGAAGCACAUUCAAACAGCAUCAACAUGCAUCUCCCAACAACCCUCACCUACAUCACCCUCCUCGCCUCAUCCUCCGCCCUACCCUCCCCCAAACUCAAACCCAGCGCCCAAAAACCACCUUACUUCCUCCUCGCCGGUGACUCAACAACGGCCGUACAAUCCGCCGGCGGCGGCGGCUGGGGCACAGGUUUCUUAACAACCACCCUCACCAAAGGCGCUUCAGGCACAAACUACGGCCACAAUGGCGCAACAACCGUGUCCUUCCGCCAAGGCGGCGACUGGGCCACCGUGCUAUCCUCCGCGAAAAACGUCUCAAGCAAAUACACGCCCUACGUCACCAUCCAAUUCGGGCACAACGACCAGAAACCCGAUAAGAACAUUAGCGCCGCAGAUCUCACAAACAAUCUGAUUGCGUAUGUAAACGAAGUACGGGACGUAGGCGCAACACCCAUCCUCGUUACAUCCUUGAGCCGGCGCAAUUACGAUGCCGAUGGGAAGAUUAAACUAAACCUUGCGGAUGUGGUGGCUGCGACGAAAGAAGCGGCGAGUAAGAGCGGAGCCGAUAUCAUCGAUUUGAACGCGGCGAGUACGGCGUAUUUGAAUGCGAUUGGCGCGGAGAAAGCGCAUACAUAUAACCUCAAGGCGGACGAUAACACGCAUUUGAAUGCAGAGGGGAGUGUGGUGUUUGGAAACUUGGUAGCGAUGUUGCUGGAUGAUGCUGUGAAGAGUGUGAAGAAGUACGUCAAGCCUGUACCGAGUGUGCAGAUGGCGCUACAGAAGGGUGUUUAUAUUUUCCCUGUUGUUUAGGGAGGGUAGGAUAGUCUUUGCUAUCAUCGUGUAGCAGUGCAGGAUUAAAGCACAAAGCCUCACUUCCAAGAAGAGUAGCUAUCUCAUGUGUCUGAUGUGAUUUGCGCCAAGUUUCGCA